ACGACACAGACUACAAUGAACUGAUGGAGAUAGCAGAAAAUGGCCUCCCAAAGAUAACCACACCUUAUCGUGUUGUUAUUGUUGGGGCUGGAUUCACUGCUGCCAAGCUGCUGCAAGAAGCUGGACAUGAGGUAACCAUAUUGGAGGCAAGUGAGCGAGUAGGACAGGUGUUGACCCAUAGGAAUGAAACAGAGGGCUGGUAUGUUGAAUUAGGGGCCAUGAGGCUUCUAUCUUUUCAUCAAAUUCUCCACGCGUUCAUCCAGCAACUGAACAUCUCAUUGAAUUACUUCAACAUGACUGACAACAACACCUAUUACCUGGUGAAUGGGAAGAAACACAAGACUUCAGAUGUGACUAAAGACCCCAGCAUCCUGGAUUACCACCUACCAUCUAAUGAGAGGAAUAAAUCAGCCCAUGAUCUGCUUCAGGAGGCAUUACAGGAGGUUCAAGACCUGCUUGAUCCAGCCUCGAGUUCUGGUGUUAAGCAAACUUCUGACCUCUGGAUCUAGGCACCUUCGAUGCUCCUGGACUUUCAAGAUUCAAGUCUCAAGUUUCCUUCUUGGAUUAACUCCUGGCUGGCAGCUUCAGGAUCGACAACUAACCGGCCCAAGUCAGCAGCAAACCCUGUCCAAUAAUCUCGCUGUGGAUGGUGCAGAUGACGGCAUUCUGCUAAUGGCAGACAGCUUGCAUCUGGAGAGAAGGCUUGAUACAGGCCUUGCAGUCAACAUUCUUCAGUACUGUGACAAUGUUUAGGGAAGGCCUGAACCCAAAGACCCAAAUACAAUUUCAAAAUUCUCUAUCUGUGGAGGUUAGGGUUAGAGUUUGGGUAUGAUUUGUCAAAGGAAUUAAACCCAUACAUUCAGACAGAUUUUCAGAAUGUGGCCUGAGAAGCUGUGCAUGAGUUACUUCUCUCACAAUGUCACUAAGUCCUCCCUGGAGAUAUUAGCAACUUUUCCCUAUAAUUUGCACUACUGUUCCCCAUAAAUACUAAAACUUUUGUAACCCAGCGUUUCAUUUUAUUUCAUUAACGCCGACAUCUACCAAGGCUGAAAUCCCUUUAUUUUAUGCAUGGUCCAACCCAUGCAUUAAUUUAGCAAUUUAUAAUACUGAGUCAUUUUGGUAGUUAUCUGUCACUGCUAGUGUAGCCAUUUCCUUCUUGCUAAUAGACUGGACACACAAGGGACACAUCCCCCAGGAGGUGUUCCAAUGCCCUGAUUGAUUUAUUUUGCUUUGAUAAUCAUCAGGAUCCUGUUUAAAGAUAAGUGCACAGAAUUCAAAGAGAUCUCAAAUAAAUACAUGGAUCCAGAUUUUCUGCUGCUUUGCCAAUUGGGGGUUUUCAUUGAUGUCACUGAAGUUGCAGCCUCACUUCCAGUCCACCAUCUUGGGUGUCUUGUGGUCAUCAACAAGAUGGAUCCAUAUUUUAGUUUGUUUAGCGCAAAUCCGGACGAUGGGCUGCACAUAAUUUUUAGUAUGCAACUGUUUUUCAUAGCCACAACUUAGGCUAAAGUCCAUGGUAAGUUCAAUAUUGCCGUUUAUAGGAUAACUACAUAAUAUGGUAUAUAUUACUAGAUAAUACAUUUACAGUAUAACAGUAAAGGUAAAAUGCAGUCUACAUUGUCAGCACCUGAAGUCCUGAUAACUCUUGAUCUGUGGGAGCUUCUGGAAGCAGGAACUCAGGUGUGCUUGCUAGUCAAACGCCUGACCAUCACUACGCCACCUUCCAGUACCUAAGAUGU